AUGGACGCAUUACGUAUUGCAGUCUAUAUCUUGAACAUGGUUCCUAGCAAAGCAGUUCCUAAGACUCCUUUUGAACUGUGGAAAGGCUGGAAACCUAGUCUGAAAUACCUCCAAAUUUGGGGAUGUCCAGCUGAAGCAAGAAUAUACAAUCCACAUGAAAAGAAAUUAGACUCCAAAACAAUUAGUGGUUUCUUUAUUGGUUACCCUGAGAAGUCAAAAGGAUUUAGGAUUUACUGUCCAAACCAUAGUACAAGAAUUGUGGAAACCGGAAAUGCCAGAUUCCAUGAGAAUGGCGAGGUUAGUGAUAACCCAGUGAAUGAUCAACCACUCCAUGAUGAAAACAUCGCUAGUAAUGAACUUGUAGUACAAGAGGAACCAGCAUUAAGAAGAUCAACUCGUGAGAGGAGAUCUGCUAUUUCUGAUGACUACAUGCCUUAUCUCAUAGAAUCUGGGGGAGGGAGCAUUAAAGACCCGAUUUAUUAUUCACAAGCCAUGAUAGAUGUUAGUUCUGAUAAAUGGAUUGAUGCCAAUAAUGAUGAAAUAGACUCAAUGGUUAACAAUGAAGUUUGGGACAUUGUUCCAUUGCCUGAAGGACACAAAGCAGUUGGGUGUAAGUGGAUCUUUAAGACCAAACUCGACUGUAAAGGCAUUGUUGAACGAUAUAAAGCCAGAAUUGUAGCCAAAAGGUGUGCGGUGUGCGAAGAACGGAUUACACAACUUGGUGGCUCCUUGGGAAAAUUGCAUGGCGAAGUCGCCUCAAUCAAGGCUGGCUGCGAGAGCAUGUCAUCACGACUUGGCGUUUUGGAGAAACAGAUGACAUCAAUUGCUGAAACUCUUUCACGCAUUGAAGCUAUUUCUUUCUCAGAUUGUGGUCAAGACAAAGGAAUCUCUUUGUCAUCACUUUCUCUACCUCAGGUACCUAGUGCUCUUCCUGUGACUGAUGGAACUACUAGAUGGAUAGGUUAUCGGAGAAUAUUUGGUGCUAUUGAGAAUCAAGAAAGUAUGUUAAAAAACGUGGAGAUGCCUGUGUUUGAUGGUCGUUUGCCGUAUGGUUGGAUCUCUAGAGUAGAAAGAUUUUUUCAAUUAGGUCACUAUGCAGAGAAAGAAAAGUUGGCAUUGGUUGCUCUGCAUCUAGAGGGAUCAGUGUUGAAUUGGUUUUACGGAGAGAUGGAGAAAGCACCAAUUUCUAAUUGGUCACAAUUUAGGAACAGAUUUCUUGUUCGAUUUGCACCGGUCAUGAGUUGCUCUCCACCAGUAGUGCUGAUGACAAAGUGA